AUGGCGACAGAUUUCGGGGCGGCCGGCGCACCGCUGCAGAAGGUGGAGGAAGUGGAGGACAUUGACGACCCGGAAAAGUGGUUCGACGACCUGAACGCGGACACUGAAUUCGCCAACUACGAAGCUGAGCGCGAGCAGAGGCUGAAGCGGACAGAAAUCCUGAGGAACUCGGUCAUCGUGCGAAACGUUCGACAGACCGACCAACUCAUCUCUGAGUUUCAGACGCUCAUGAAGCCCGACACCAUCACGCUUGGCGUGGCUGACGCAGAAGACAUUCGCCACCGCGACGAACAGGCCGCGGAGAGCAAAUUCAACGCGAAGCAGGAAGACGCGCUUCGCUUCCAGUAUCAAGUCGCGGAGUUCGAGAAACUCGAACAAGUUGCGCGAGAGAGACUUCUCGACCGGCUCGCCGAAAAAGAGCGAGACCUCGUCGCGAAGGCUGAAGACGCGGCGAUCCGCGACAAGGAGCGACAGGAUCACCUAUGCAAAACGCUGCGAGCUGCGGAGUACAAACUCCAGGCGGCGUUGAGUGUGCGGAAAGGCGAGCUGAAGACGACGUACGGCACGCUGGCCCCAGACAGGGCCUACACGCGAUUCGCCAAAGAACAGAAACCUCCAGAAAAAAAGGCAGCCUUCCUCGGGAAGAAGUACACCGUGGAGUGGGAUCGCGCGCCGCAGCCGCUGCGUCUCCGCCUCGAUCUCUGCAGGGCUGUGAAAGACAAACUCCCUCAAGGGCAGUACGUGAUUAUGGCGUCAGUAUGGAACCGACUUGGCGGGCACAGACUGCAGUGGCGGUCGCUGCAGCGCCUCGAAGAGCGCGAUCGGGAGCCGACGAAAGCAAAAUCUGUCCUCAGACAAGUCACCGAGAUGCUUGACGACGGCACGCGCAGGGCGAAGGAACUCUGUGGAGUCAUCAGCACAUCCAGCGCCGUUAGCGCGCCCGUCUCCCACUCCGGACUCUGGUACACAGAUGAACUCCGCUUUGAUCAGACGCUCUACAUGGCCUGUCCUCCGGAGAGAGAUAUCACACCCUCGAUGUGUCUGGUGCUGGAGCUCUACCUCCUCAGAGGCAGCGCCUCCCCCGUGGACAAGGUCGUCGCGUGGGCUGCGUUCCCACUCGUGGACUCGGACUUCAGACUCAUUCGCGGCUGCUUCAAACUGCCGCUGAUUCGCGGCAACGUAGAUCCUACAGUCACCAUGUACGCGCAGUACGAGAAGCUUUACAGAGAAGAUGUGCAGGCUUGGCUUUGCAACCUUUACUUCCGCUGCGACCCGCUGGCGAAGUACUCAGCAGGGCAGCUCGAGUUCGAGGUCUUGCUGAACUAUACCGGCAACCUGCUCAGCGUGAAGAAGCGAAAUCCGCAGCGACCUGAGCUGACGCGCGCGCAGCUGCGUGAAAAAGCUGAAGAGAGCGUCAACGAACUCAAGAAGGCGCUCCACGAGCCUCACGACGUGUUGCCUGAUGCGGACGACGCGCUGAUGAAGGACGGAAUUCGCGCAGUGAAGACGAAGGGCAUGGAGGACAGCGUCUACCGCCCGCUCAUCGAUUCUGCGGACUUUGAUCAGUUUCGCUACGCAGUUACUUCUGGGCACACACUCGUGCGCAGCAACGAACUGCGGCGGAAGGCGAAGUACAUCGCGGACGAGCUUUUUGGCGACUUCGUUCUCUCCUCAGACGUCCGCGAGAUCGGCCUCUGUGCGUUCGCAACGAUUCUGCUUCUGCUGGCCUUCUGGGUUCGAAUCUUCCUCCACGCCUUUGGGCAGGCGCUGCUGCUCGCCGCCUUCCGCGUGCCCAUCUACCAGUUCGACGUCUCCUACGUGAUCGUCUACAUCGGCUACGUCCAAGAUCUGCUGACUGCGGACAAAGAGGCCGCCGUCGUUCUCUCGGGACCGGUCAUGUCGUUCUUCGCGUUCGUUCUUAUGGGCGUCGUCCUCGCACUCGCGCAGAGCAGCUUCGGCAGACUCCCGUCCGUGGUCUACAGAUUCGUGCCUGCUUACGGCCUAGCGGUGAUUCUAGAUCCGGAAGUGACGCUGAUCAUCGACGCCGCCGCCUCAAACUGGACUGGCGACUCCUUCAAACUCUACAACCUCUACCAGCUCCGCGAGGGAAACGGCGUCGUCGGCAUCAUCUUCACCUUCCUCCUCUACGCUGUCUUCUCUGCCGUCGCGCUCCUAACUUUUUACUACUACGUGACGCAGAUACACAGACACGGCCGCGUGCGCGACACGCACCGCCGCUUGACGGCAGACGAACCCGACUUCUUCGUGCCUCUAGACAGAGAAGUCUCCACGAGGUACCUGAAGUGGGUAUGCCACAACGCCAAGCAAUUCCGCGGCGCCGAGGGAGAAACGCGGACGAUCCAAGUCACCGACUUCAUCGUCGACCGCGAAGACCGCGCCGCGGUAAAGCGCCUCGCCAAGCUGGGCGACGUGGCUACAGGCGUUCCGGACGACGAUGACGGCGAAGGAGAUUUCGGCUUCGGCGGGCACGACUCGAAGUUCAGGAGCUUUUUUCGCGCAAAGAGAACAGAUGCAACAACCUACGUCUGCAUACACACAAUCAAUCCGACAAAAGGCACGAAGACGCUGUACAGACACUUCAUGAGAUAUUCCGACGGCGCGAUCUGCGAGUUGAAUCCGAAGGAGCCUGCGAAGCUGCUUGCCGAGAGAAAGGCGCCUGAGACCGUUACGCAAGUUCUUUACGACGCCGCGACGGGCGAGGCGCGACAGACGGAGGAAGUGUCUCUCGGCAGCUGGCUCCGUGACAGCUUCGGCGAUCUGCCGCCGAUGAUGUCAGCGGAAAAUCCUCAAAAAAUCCAAAAAAGUUCGCACGCGCCUGCGCUGCUCAGCAGCAGCCCCAGUGCGCCCGCGCCGAAUCCCCACACGCCUUCGAGGGGGGCGAGUGCUUGCGACGGAGGCGAAAACGAAACGUGCGCGCCGCGUGCCUCCUUCUCGGGGCUGCACACGCUGAGCCGCGAGGCCUCUGCGGCGUCGCGCCUCAGGAGAAGAUCUACCGGCGCGGCGAGCGCAAAGAGCGAAGCUGGACUGCCCAGAUCUGAGGAGAGUGAAAAGUCGCGCGAAUCCUGCGAGAGGAAGGGAUCUUCGCGCGAUGAGAGAGGCAUCAGGAGCCGUUCAGGCGACUCGAUAUCCUCCAGCAGAGGCAGUGCCGCCACGCUUUUCCAGCGAGCGGGUGACGCAGAGAUGAACCCCGCAGAGGGAGAAGGCGAAAAAGAUUCGCACGCGGGAAGUCCGCCAGAGAACGACUCUUUCUUUAGUGAAGAAUGA